AUGUCUGGGCUUACAAUCGACGGCGUCGACGCCCUUCGAGCCAGCUCGGUCCCAAUCGCUUCACAGGUGGCCGGCUCCGUGUCCUCGGAGUCCUUCAAGUCGACGCACAGUAAGUCUCAGAACGCCGGAAAGUCAAUGCACCAUCACUUCAGUGUGGAAAGUCAAGAGUUCACUGGCUCUGCACUCAAAAAGGUCGCGAACAAAGUGGUUCCUCUUCCUUUCAUUCCGCUUGGCACAGGCAGACCGAGCGCAGAUCUGUAUCCUUGGGAAGCGUUGUCGAUUCGGACUACUGGCCCUCACACAGAUACACCUGCCAACAGCCAGCCUCGUGCGAGAACAGCGUCGGCAUCAACUAGUGACGUCGCCGACGUAGCAUCUGAGUCAAAAUCCUGCGGAAUCGCCAACGCGACGGCUGCCUCUGCUGCCAGUCACGAUUUGGCCGAUGGCUCGGGGUCAGAUCAAAUUAGUCGGGGUCGGCGCCACCCGCCCGAUUCGAUCACUCGCUACGGAGGAGGAUACGACCUAGCAAGAGGUCUCAACUACAGCAACGCCGCUGGAUCUCAACCUCUGGUUCGCUUCUUCACCGAGCACGUCGAGAUCGUCCACAGUCCUCCAUACAGCAACUGGGAAACCGUGGUUACUUGCGGCAGUACUUCAGCGAUGGAGAUGCUAAUGCGUAUGCUUUGCAAUCGAGGUGAAACGAUCUUGACCGAGAGAUAUACUUACCCUGGAACCAUCGAAGUGGCAGCUCUCCUCGGAGUGAAGCUUAGGGGUAUCAGUAUGGAUGCUGGCGGCAUCAUUCCCGACGAGCUCGAGAGCGCUCUACAAAGCUGGAACGUUACAACCGAUGGUCCGCGACCUUCGGUUCUCUACACCAUUCCAUCCGGCCAGAAUCCAACUGGUGCUACGCAGACUCUGGCGCGAAAACGGGCUAUUUAUACCUUAGCAGAAAAGUACGACCUUUUGAUCAUCGAGGAUGACCCUUACUACUUCCUGCGCGUGGACACAGACGCUUCGCCAACCCACGACAGCGCUGCUGAUCCUGACGAUACUCAGCGCGCGAAAACCUACCUCGCCAAGCUCACGCCCUCAUACCUGAGCAUCGACUACAGCGGACGAGUCGUCCGCCUCGACUCCACGUCCAAAAUCCUCGCUCCGGGACUGCGAGCUGGAUGGAUCACAGCCUGCUCCGACAUCAUCGCUAAGUUUUCGUCCUACACGGAAGUCAGUACUGUCUCUGUCAGCGGACCGAGUCAACUCAUGCUGUGGCAUCUGCUUGAAGAGACUUGGGGUCAUGUUGGAUUCUUCUGCUGGCUGGAUUGGCUUUCACGUCGGUACAAGAGGCGACUCAAUGCUCUUGUCGACGCAUGCGAGAGAUAUCUUCCCAGGGACUUGUGCAGUUGGACUGUCCCGCAAUGUGGGAUGUUUCUCUGGGUGGCGAUUGAUUUGGGCAAGCAUUCGACCUUUGGGUGUCCUCUAGGCACCGAAUCUGCUACCGACGCAACUGCUAUGCUCGAGCGGAAAAGGACCCAGCUGGCGGAAAUCGAGGGCAGAGUCUACGCAAGCGCUCUGCGAAAUGGGACGCAGUGUACGGUAGGGUCACUCUUCGAUACGAUGCCUAAGCUUGAUCUGUCGCUUCAUAUUCGGCUGACAUACGCGGCAGCGGACGAACAGCAAUUCGAGAAGGGUGUCCAGGGUCUCGCAGACGCGCUCAGGGAAGAGUUUGGAGACCGGUACAUGUAG